GUACAGUACAUUGACGAGCCCUCCUAUGUUUUCAGAGCCGCUCACAAGGUUGUACUCAGCGAUGCUAGGAAAUACCGUGAUCAGUGUGCAAAAUUAGAAGCAGCGAAUCGCACUGUCAAGGCUCAGCUAGUGGAAGCUCAGAAGCAGACGAAUAAAACCAAUGAGGAGUUGCUGAAUUGUCAAAUGAUGUUGAAACUUCGCGGCGCCGAGUGUUACAAGCUUCAGGUACGGUCCUCAGGGCUUGAAAAACAACUGCAGGACGAGACGAACCUAAAAGAAAAGAAGCUACGAGCUCUUCGUGACGAAAUUGCUGGUCGAGCGGUCGUGGAGGCAGAAUUGACCACUGAAUUGGAGCGAGAGAAAAGUCGUUGUGAAGAAGCGAUUCGACGUCUUGCUGAAAUACAGAAGGAACGAUCUCGGGUCGUAGUUCCUCCUGUGUUCCCACAGCACAGCCGAGAGCGCCCUGCGGACUCGUAUCCUCCGUCGGAGAUUACUGGAAGGACAUCAAGGAUUUCGAUCAGUACUCUCAAAGGAGAGGAUGAGGAGGUAAGUACCUAG